AAAUAAUUGGUCUCGGGAUUUUACAUGACUUUGAGGAACUCCUCUAGAUUCUUCAUAACAAUCGUAUUCGGAGACGCCGAAGUUUUUUCGUUGGAUAUAAAGAGCAAACGUUUGAUUGUGAGACAGAAAAAAUAUUUCCCAUAAUUCAACGGUAAAAACCAUUCAACAUGGAGGACCAAGUGGUCGAAGUUUGCAGUCCGAACGGUAUUUAUUACAAGGCAUUUGUGAAGAAUGUGUAUGAAGAUGAAAUCCUGGUCUCCUUUGAGAAUGACUGGCAGCCCGAGCAGAGAGUCAAGUUCUCCAAUGCCAGACUCCCCUUACCGGACCAGGGCAAACAUAGAGACUAUAGGGACGGGGAAAAUGUCGAGGUAUUUACAAGUACAAAUGAAAAAGAACAGAUGGCCUGGUGGCCAGCAGUGCUGAAGAUGUUAAAGGGGGAGUUUGCAGUGAUAGAGUAUACGGGUUACGACUCCAAGUACACAGAUAUAGUCCCGCUCGAGCGAGUUAGACCUAUCAACUCAAACCCACCAAUAGAUAAGAACACAUUUCACAAGUUUUCUAUAGAAGUCCCUAUUGACCUACGAGAAGUGUGCCAAGAUGACCAUGAACAUGCCGAAUUUAAGAAACAUAUAGGUGGGGGUUGUGUGUGUUUUGAUCAUCAGGAGGGAACUCUAAAUGUUAUGUCGCUGAAUGAAUCUGUGAUAAAGAGAGCGUCCAUGUUGGCUGACAUGCACCUCCGUAAUGUCCGACAAAAGUUAAUGCUGAAAAAGAGAACAGAGGAAGCGGUCCAAAGACUUCAGAGUACCAAAAACCGGUCAGGUUACACGGAGGAGUUCAAGGUUCGUGACGACCUGAUGGGGCUGGCUAUCGGGACACACGGGGCUAAUAUACAGCAGGCCAGGCAUGUAGACGGCAUCACCAAUAUAGAACUGGACGAGGACACCUGUACUUUUAAAGUUCAUGGGGAGUCUCAAGAAGCUGUGAAGAAGGCCAGAGCCUUACUGGAGUAUGUAGAAGAAACGUUUCAGGUUCCCAGAGAGCUAGUAGCCAAGGUUAUAGGUAAAAAUGGCCGUAACAUCCAGGAUAUCGUGGACAAGUCAGGGGUGGUGCGGGUGAAGAUCGAGGGGGAUAAUGAAACCGACACGCCUCGUCAGGAGGUAAUGGCGUCACUGGGACAAGUACCUUUUAUAUUUGUUGGGACACAAGAAAGUACGGGAAAUGCCAAGAUUCUACUGGAAUACAACUUGGAUCAUUUGAAGGAAGUUGAGAAAUUGAGACUGGAGAAGUUAGAGAUUGACCAACAGUUGAAGAGUUUAGCGGGACCCCAGACUGGACCAUACUUUCCACCAAACAGGGAAAGGAGGGGGAGUAAUGACCCAUCCUCAGAUGACCGGGGAAGACGAGGAACGGGAAGGGGGCGGGGUAGAGGAGGCAGGAGAUGGGCCAAUGAGAGACGUACUUACAACACAGAUGAAUCAUCUCCAGCCCCUAUAGCUGAUUGGUCAGAGGAGAUGAACGCUGAAGAUAACCGUCAGUCAGGCUACUACACGGACAGUAUUCUGACCGGGCGGGGACCCCGAGGAGGGGGAGGAGGGUACAGGCCCCGGGGUAGGGGAGGCAGGUAUCCCCGGGGGUCAGGCUAUUACUCCAACAGGUCCUCAGAUUAUAACGACCAGCGUCGGUAUAGAUCAGAUAGACCCAGUUACUCCACCAGCAGACACAUGGCGUAUGAUACAGAUGAAUCGCGGGAUCUACGUUCCCGGCGUAGGAUGACGGAUGAUGAUGAUACAGUAUUAGAUAACGCCAGUGUCACCAGUCAAGACCAAGAUGAUCAUAGAGAUCAAAGACCCAGGAGAAAACGAAGGAAUAGGAAUCGUCCCUUUGGUAAUGGAAGUGCUGCUUCGGGUACAGAAACGGACAAUAGUGUUUCUAAUUAUCGGCCGUCUGGAGGCAGGCCGUCACAAUUUCAGAAUGACACUUCUCAUAACGGGAAUUCAGUUAAAACUGAACCAUCAAAAGUGAAAACAGAACUCGAAUCCAAACCAUCUGGACCGUCCAAGGAAGCUAGUAAUAUAGGUAGUACGAAGCCUGUCGGUCAGUCCAAUAAACCAAACUGGAAAUCGGGAUCAGCUCCCCCUCGAGAACAGAGAAAACCGGCCCAAAAGUACUCAGCAUCAGCCAGGAAUGGAACCAGUGGCUCGGAAUCAGAUUCUAAAGCUGCUAAAACCAAAAACAAUACUUCUAGUAAUCAACCAAAAGAGCAGAUGGUCAAUGGAGAGUAAAGAGAAUGCUUAAUUAGUUAUAAGAUACAAAGUGGAGAAGAGCUGCUAAGUCAGUGAUGGGGCAUCCUUUUCUUCCUCCUUUUACAGGAGAGUGCUUUGUUGCCUAGGAAACCAUUCAUGACAUUGUUUAGUGUUUGAGAAUUAGUAUUUAAGGAAUCUGUUGUCUCUUUUUAGAGAUGGAGUUUGCUAUGCAAUAUUUGUCAGUUUACUUGUAAUGGCUGAUGCUGUCUUGUUAAAAAUUUCACUUGAUAUAGAAAUUGUCCGAUACUUUUAUACAUGUGUAUCUGUUUUCUUGAACCUUGACCUUUGGAAUUCCAUUUAUUGCUCUGUCCCAAAGAUUUGCAUAAUAAUUUUGAUUCAACAUGUGAUUCUAUUCAGUCUUUGUGUGUUAAAAUAUGAAAUUUUAUAUAGUAAGAAAAUUUCCUUAGAAAUUAAUAUUGAUGAUGUAAUAGACUUGCAAUAAGUCUUUUUGAUGCUGACAUGUCGUAGUGAUAAAAUGUACGUAAAAUUGAAGUUGAUGUGACUUAAUUAUAUAAGUGUCUUUGAAUGAGUGAUACAUCUGCUAAUUAAACUAUAUCUUUGGAGCUAUGUAAUAGUAUUCAAAAUUUAUACAAUGUAUUAGCUUGAUAUUGUAAAACCAUUCAUGUUAGUGUUACUAACAAAUGAAUAGACUUCUGUUGUGUAAACUUCAUAUCUGAAUCUCAGAAUUACUUGAAAAAAGGUUGAUUUUUUUAGUUCUUUUUUCCAGUGAGUGAUAAUAAAAUAGAAAUGAAAAAUCUUCGGGAGAAUUGAGAAUUUAACCUGAAGAUUAAUUUCAUAAAGAUUCUUUUAUUUC